CAAGGGCAGCACCGCGCAAACCUCUUUGCUCCCCUGACCAAUCCUUUCUUUUGACCCUGUGGGAUUGACAGGCAUUCAGACCUAUAGUAAUUAGAAAACCCUGAGGCCUGCCCAAAGAUCGUGGGCAGGAGGCGGUUUCUCGUUUGUUGGGGGGCCUGUACGUGUGUUUCGGGGGAUUAAGGGGUACACGGGGGCGAAGCAGAACCGGUCAUGGCAGCAGCAGAGGAGGAGGACGGGGGCCCCGAAGGGCCAAACCGCGAGCGGGGCGGGGCGGGCGCGACCUUCGAAUGUAAUAUAUGUCUGGAGACUGCUCGGGAAGCUGUGGUCAGCGUGUGUGGCCACCUGUACUGUUGGCCCUGUCUUCAUCAGUGGCUGGAGACACGGCCAGAGCGGCAAGAGUGCCCAGUGUGUAAAGCUGGGAUCAGCAGAGAAAAGGUUGUCCCCCUCUAUGGGCGAGGGAGCCAGAAGCCCCAGGAUCCCAGAUUGAAAACUCCACCCCGCCCGCAGGGCCAGCGACCAGCGCCUGAGAGCAGAGGGGGAUUCCAGCCAUUUGGCGACACUGGGGGCUUUCACUUCUCGUUUGGUGUUGGUGCUUUUCCCUUUGGCUUUUUCACCACCGUCUUCAAUACCCACGAGCCAUUUCGUCGGGGGACAGGUGUGGAUCUGGGACAGGGUCACCCGGCCUCCAGCUGGCAGGACUCCCUCUUCUUGUUUCUCGCCAUCUUCUUCUUUUUCUGGCUGCUCAGUAUUUGAGCUGUGUCUCCCUCCUGCCCACCUCCAGCCAGAGGAGAAUCAGUAUUGGGGGUCCCUGCUGACCCUUCCUUACUCCUGGACCCUCGCUGCCCCCCCCACACCCUCCAUUUCUGUCGCCUAAGGCCAACCCUGGCCACUCUCUGGGACGGUGUGGGGAGGAGGGGCGACAUCUGCGGGAUGGGAGAACCUUUGCUCUGGACGGACGGCUCCCUCAAGAGCAACGUAACUCCCAGCUCAGGGAGGCGGAGGACCGAAGAGAAGGCCCGGCCCUCCUCCCUCCCAAUGCUUUGCUUCCCCCACACUUCUUGAUUUGAUGCUGACAGGUGGGCAAGGCUCCCUCUGAUGCUCCCCGCACAUUCCCCUUGUUGAUUUAAUUUAAUUUUUCCCUCCCCAGUGUCUAAUGUGGGCUCCGAGUCUUCAGUGCUUCCUUCCCCUCACUACCUCCUUUCUUACAAAUUCAGUAAAUAAGGUGAGAUGUA